GAUUGGCGUUGCAAUGGCAACUGAUGGAAUGGGGGAAGGCAAGACAGCAGGGCUGGGGGCUCCGGACUGCGGGCGGGCGGGCCGCUGCCGCUGCUUGAUGCUCCUCCGGGGACCUUCGCGACUUACUUUGUAAAGACGAACCCAGGCGACGAAACCUCUGCUCGGUGCCCCGAGUCAGAAGCCACUUCCUGUUCCUUGGCCGCCCGCGCCAGGCUCGCAGCGCUCCGCACCCGGCCCCUGGCCCGCGCCCGCCGCCCGCCGCCCGCCCAGCGCGCCGCCGCGGCUGCGGAGACCGAGCCCGCUCCGCCGGAGAACACUUCGCCUCUGGCUCCCCUUCCCUGCACGCCCCCCGCUCCUCCUCGGCGCCUGCGAUUUUCCCAGGCGCCCCGCGUGAGAGAGGCGUGCAUGUGAGUGUGUGUCAGGUUAUUGUGCUGUGGGAGUGUGUGUCUCUGUGUCUGUGCGUGCAUGAGUGUGGGGUGUGUGGGGCUGCUGCGCUCCGCUCACGGCCGCCGCCGGGGAAGGACAGACGGACGGCGCUGCCUUGGGCGACCGGUCCCCGGGCACGUCGGCGCAGCCCGGGAGCGAAAGGAGCGCACUCGCCUGGCCGCCGGCCUCCGGAGGGUCCCGCUGCUUCCCCCCUGGGCUGGAUAUGUCCAUGUUCACGUGAAGAUGGAUUUAGUGUACGGUCUCGUGUGGCUGCUGACAGUCCUCCUGGAGGGGAUCUCCGGCCAAGGAGUGUACGCUCCCCCUACGGUUCGUAUUGUGCAUUCAGGUUUGGCCUGUAAUAUUGAGGAGGAGCGCUACUCUGAAAGAGUCUACACUAUUCGUGAAGGAGAAACCCUAGAAUUGACCUGUUUGGUCACUGGACACCCACGUCCACAGAUCAGGUGGACCAAAACAGCAGGAAGUGCCUCUGACAGAUUCCAAGACUCCAGUGUCUUCAAUGAGACUUUAAGGAUUACAAAUAUUCAGCGAAACCAAGGAGGCCGGUAUUACUGUAAAGCAGAGAAUGGCUUGGGGUCCCCAGCGAUAAAAUCAAUCAGAGUGGAUGUGUACUAUUUGGAUGAUCCUAUAGUAACUGUUCAUCAAAGUAUAGGUGAAGCUAAAGAACAGUUUUACUAUGAGAGAACAGUAUUCCUCAGGUGUGUUGCCAACUCCAACCCCCCUGUUCGGUACAGCUGGAGGCGUGGCCAAGAGGUGUUACUACAAGGAUCUGAUAAAGGAGUGGAGAUUUAUGAACCCUUCUUUACCCAGGGUGAAACAAAGAUCUUAAAACUAAAGAAUCUUCGACCUCAGGACUAUGCUAAUUAUAGCUGCAUUGCGUCAGUGAGGAAUGUAUGUAAUAUUCCUGAUAAGAUGGUAUCAUUUAGACUUUCCAAUAAAACAGCAUCUCCGUCAAUUAAACUCUUGGUGGAUGACCCUAUAGUUGUAAAUCCUGGAGAGGCCAUAACAUUAGUAUGUGUUACAACAGGAGGACAGCCUGCACCGUCUCUCAGCUGGGCCAGGACCUUUGGGCCUCUGUCUGAUAAGACUAUUUUGCAUGGAGGAACUUUGACCAUACCUGCCAUCACCUCAGAAGAUGCUGGUACUUACAGCUGUGUUGCCAAUAACAAUGUGGGAAACCCUGCAAAGAAGUCCACUAACAUCAUUGUGAGAGCAUUAAAAAAGGGACGGUUUUGGAUCACACCAGAUCCUUAUCACAAAGAUGACAACAUCCAGAUUGGGCGUGAGGUGAAAAUAUCUUGCCAAGUAGAAGCUGUUCCUUCUGAGGAGUUAACAUUUAGUUGGUUUAAAAAUGGCCGUCCACUAAGAAGCUCUGAACGGAUGGUUAUUACACAGACUGACCCAGAUGUGUCUCCAGGAACAACAAACUUGGACAUCAUUGAUUUGAAAUUCACGGAUUUUGGGACAUACACAUGUGUAGCAUCUCUGAAGGGAGGAGGAAUAGCUGAUAUCAGUAUCGACGUUAACAUAUCCAGCAGCACAGUUCCACCCAAUCUGACUGUUCCACAGGAAAAAUCACCUUUGGUCACCAGAGAAGGAGACACAAUAGAACUACAGUGUCAAGUAACUGGAAAACCUAAACCCAUCAUCCUUUGGUCUAGAGCGGAUAAAGAAGUUGCAAUGCCCGAUGGGUCAAUGCAAAUGGAGAGUUAUGAUGGAACACUGAGGAUUGUGAAUGUAUCUAGGGAAAUGUCAGGAAUGUACAGAUGUCAGACCAGCCAAUACAAUGGAUUUAAUGUGAAACCAAGAGAAGCUUUGGUGCAGCUCAUUGUUCAGUAUCCUCCUGCUGUGGAACCAGCAUUUUUGGAAAUCCGGCAAGGACAAGAGCGAAGUGUCACUAUGAGCUGCCGGGUUCUGAGAGCUUAUCCCAUACGGGUACUGACUUAUGAGUGGCGCUUGGGCAACAAAUUAUUACGGACAGGUCAGUUUGACUCUCAAGAGUACACAGAAUACCCGGUGAAGAGUCUUUCCAAUGAAAACUAUGGGGUUUAUAACUGUAGCAUCAUAAAUGAAGCUGGAGCGGGGAGAUGCAGCUUUCUUGUUACAGGAAAGGCCUAUGCUCCAGAAUUCUAUUACGAUACCUACAAUCCUGUUUGGCAAAACAGACACCGUGUUUAUUCCUAUAGUCUACAGUGGACACAAAUGAAUCCUGAUGCGGUGGAUCGGAUUGUGGCAUACCGGCUGGGUAUUAGGCAGGCUGGACAACAGCGUUGGUGGGAACAAGAGAUUAAAAUAAAUGGAAAUAUUCAAAAAGGAGAAUUAAUUACAUAUAAUUUGACUGAGCUAAUUAAACCAGAGGCUUAUGAAGUCCGACUAACACCUCUCACCAAAUUUGGCGAAGGAGAUUCAACAAUUCGUGUCAUCAAAUAUAGUGCUCCUGUUAAUCCUCAUUUGAGAGAAUUUCAUUGUGGAUUUGAAGAUGGUAACAUUUGUUUGUUCACACAAGAUGAUACAGAUAAUUUUGACUGGACAAAGCAAAGUACUGCAACAAGAAAUACAAAAUAUACUCCAAAUACAGGACCUAACGCUGAUCGUAGUGGCUCCAAAGAAGGUUUUUAUAUGUACAUUGAGACAUCACGACCAAGAUUGGAAGGUGAAAAGGCUCGACUUCUCAGCCCUGUCUUCAGCAUUGCUCCCAAAAACCCUUAUGGACCCACAAACACUGCAUAUUGUUUCAGCUUCUUUUAUCACAUGUAUGGACAACAUAUAGGUGUUUUAAAUGUUUAUCUACGUUUGAAAGGGCAGACAACAAUGGAGAACCCACUGUGGUCUUCGAGUGGGAAUAAAGGACAACGAUGGAAUGAGGCUCAUGUUAACAUAUAUCCAAUUACUUCAUUCCAGCUCAUUUUUGAAGGUAUUCGAGGUCCUGGCAUAGAAGGUGACAUUGCCAUUGAUGAUGUAUCAAUUGCAGAAGGAGAAUGUGCAAAACAAGACCUAACGACUAAGAAUUCCGUUGAUGGUGCUGUUGGAAUUUUAGUACAUAUAUGGCUUUUUCCAGUUAUUGUCCUCAUCUCUAUCCUGAGUCCUCGAAGGUGACCUUAUCCUGGCAGAGGCUAUAAAAGAUUCACCAGGCACUGGCAUGAAGAGUCUUUGUAAAUGGACAUUGAAAAAACAAACUACCAAAGAUUCCUCCACUGACUACUGACUCAAAAAUAAAAUAAUAAAAACAAAUUUUUUAAGCACUGGGGAUAAAAAGAUGUCAUGGAAGUAUAAGUUAUUCCAAACUGCGUAUACAAGAUAGUCUUGACCUGAAUAGAGAAGAGACCUUCAGGUGCUUUUGUGGCUAAAACGAUCACAGUGUCAUCUGGUCAUCUGGUUGAACUCUGGGGGGAAAAAAAGAGCUAUAGAAAUUCUUGUCAAAGCACAAAGUCUUGGCUGGUUUUGUUUCAAAUGAAUAGUUUGCUUGUUACCAUGGAAACCUAAUGGCCUGCCAACAAAAACCUCACUGUAAACAGGGUACGUGAAGAGCUGGCAUUUAUUUUCCUUUGGAAAAGCUUUUACGUAGAGAAUUCAAUAAAUGUAGGCCCUUUUACCUUUGGUUGUUACCCUUCCUUGGAAAGAACCUGAACUCAGAAUUAUUUACAACGUUCAUCCUCCCCACCUCUCCCCACCCUACCUUUAUAAUUUGUACUUGUUUCCUCCCAUGGCUAAGCUAGAUAACUGUGUGCUGUCUCUUUUUGCAUGCACUGCUAUCCAGGAUAGUCACCCUGGGCUUACAUAACACACAGGCUUAUCGGCGUUUGCUCGCGGCCACUUGAACACCCAAACUGUCAUCUGUUCCAGUGAAGAAACCAAACCACCAUCUUUUAUAAAUUGCCAUGGAAACUAAGUGCCUUCAAUGAAACAAGCCUGAAUAAUUUCCAGCUCAGAAGCUUGCACUGCUAAGAGUGGUUUGUGUAAAACUAUUUUAUAAACAAACUGCAGAGCCGAAACGUGCAAAUUGCAGGCAAGACAACAAAGCCGCUUCUGAAGAAGAAAGGACCGAAGCUGCUGCGGAAGCCGAUGCGGAGGAGAUACUUGUUUGACCAGACAGCCAUGGCCUCUCAGCUUAUUGUCCAUUAGAAAGUAACGUCCACUGAGACCAGACAAGGGAGCAACUUUUUUUCUUCCAGGUUACUGAAUGGGUCAACCAGAGCAAAAGGUUAAGAUAAUACUCAGCUCAAGAGUGAUUUUUCACUCUCACCUCCAUUCGAAGUGAAAUUGGCCCUAGCUUUAGAGGGAACAAGAAAAUGUUUGUGAUUUCAGUGCAUACAAACUCUACAGCGGAACUGGGCCUGAAAAAUCUGGCUUUAUUCUAAACUCUGAGGGUAACAUGCCUCUGCCCUUAAGUCAGACUCUGUGCAAAUUGUGAAAUAUUAUUUUAUUAUUUUACAAAGAUUAAAAACACUUUUACAGAAAAAAAACAAAAACCUGUAAAAAUGAUUUUGAGCUACCUGAGGAUAAAUCAUACCUUUAACCAGCCAGUUUUCCAAUGCAUUGUAAAUUUCACUUAAACCUGUUGGUUAUGAAAAUUUGAAGAUCUCUUUCCUUAAAUUAUCUCAGCUUUUAACUUCAUUUAAGACUUUUGUCUAAAGAAGAAUAUUAUUAUUAUUAUGUUCUAUCAACACCCCAGGAUUUAAAAAAAAAAAAAAAUGG